UCGUCCUCAUCACCCACCGUCUUAACUCUCACACCUUUCUCUACAUUUAAAAGCAGAAAAAGAAUGCACAAUUCAACCCUUGUAUGUCAAACCAAACUUUCCCAUUAAAAUUGACUUGUGCUUCAACCAAUCUGCUUCUGCCACAGCACCAUCAUCUCAUGCAACCCUGAACACAGUGGACCAAAAACCUCCCAUUUUCCCAAAAUUAAUAUAUACCAAAAGAGAGACAAUAGGGUGAAGAGAGAGGCGCAGAAGGCAACAACACCAAUAAAGAGAGAGCAACAACUAGCAAAGCUCAUAGCUAGAAAAAGAAAAGUGGCAAAGCUGUUGUAGAACUGAAGCAACUCCAUGCCAUGGUAUUCAUUUGAAGAAAGCUGAGAGAACCCAGACCCAUUUCUCUGCAGCUUUACCUUUAUCACUUUGCCUCCUUCAACAUGCUUUUCCUUGCCUUUUAAGCCCCCUCUCACUACUACCUUCUUCCACCACCAUGGAGUUUGACCUUGAAAACCCUUUGGAAAAUCUUCACUCCGAUGCUGUCUCUUUUCUCUUCCUCGUUGAAUCUGACCACACCCCUUCACAGAAUCAUUCUCACACUCUCAAACCUGGAGAUCUUGACAUCUCUGUCAGAAGAGAACUUGUUUCCUUAAUCGCAAAGUUGUCCUGCACUUUGGAUCCGGCUUUGUCUUAUCUUGCUACCAACUAUCUGGAUCGGUUCCUAGCCAGCCAAGGGAUUUCGGAACCUAAGUCAUGGGUCCUCAGGCUCAUUGCUGUCUCUUGCAUUUCUCUAGCUGUCAAGAUGAUGAAAACUGAAUGCUUCGAUGUUCAGGAUCUUUUGAAUCAAAGUGAUGGGGGCAUGAUCUUUGAGACACAAACAGUGCGAAGAAUGGAAGCACUUAUCUUGGGAGCAUUACAAUGGAGAAUGCGGUCGAUCACUCCAUUCUCUUUCAUCCCUUUCUUCAUUGCCUUGAUGGGGAUCAAAGGCUCACCAACGGGGACGGUUCUGAAAAACCGUGCUUCUGAAAUCAUAUUCAUGUCACAAAGAGAGAUAAGGCUUUGGGAGUUCAAGCCAUCUAUGAUUGCUGCAUCUGCUCUUUUGUGUGCUUCUCAUGAGUUGUUUCCUUUUCAAUAUCCGUCCUUCUUAAAAGCAAUAACCGAGUCUACAUAUGAAAGCGUGGAGCAGUGCUACAAAGUGAUACAAGACAUAGCCAUAGAGGAGGAGUACGAGUCUGCGUUGAAUGGGGUUUCAAGGUCAGACACACCGAUUAAUGUGUUGGACCAUCAUUUUCUGAGUUCAGAAAGUGAAAAAACCAACGGAAUCACCGUUGCUGAUUCUCCUCUGAGACAAGAGAGGGACCUCAAAAGAAGGAAAAUCACUCCAUGCGGGAACAAUCCAACGAUCCACAACUCUUGAAUUAACUAAACCGUGCUCAAGAACUAGCAAAGAGAGAGUAAAGUAAAGAAGAAGAAAAAAAAAAAAAACGUUUUUGAUUUACCCCAAUGGUCCAUCCGAAAGUGACCAUGUCAUUAGUCAUAAUGUCAUAUCAUCUCGGUGUAGUUAACCAAAAAAAAUUGAAAAUUUUGAAGCCAUAAAGUGAUGGGACGACAUUGAGAAGGGACAUAAAAUCUGGAUCACGAUCUUGGUACGUACAAUAGGAGUCUCUUUGGGUGAGAAAAGGAAAAAGAGCACACCAAGAUAGAUAAGUGGCUAGAAUUUUUGUUUUUCUUAAACACGAAACAAAAAGACAAAACAUGGCUUUGAAUUGUAGUGUUGAAUUUUUGUGUGUCUGUUAUGUUUUGUGGUUUAAGUGGGGUUGUGUCGCCUAGCUUCUGGCAUGGAAUUAAUAAUUGUAACACUGUAAACAGUGAAGGAACAGCUUUAUUGGAAAAUAAAAUUUAGUAGCAGUAGUUUUGGAUGUAA